CUUCCUCAGAAGUCAGACGCCUCUGAUUAACUACUGCUUCCCAUGCAAAAUAUGACCGUGGCAACAAAAUUCAGCAACUUUCUACUGUCUCCCUACACGUAUAUUCUCUUUCACACAUAUAUGUACAUAUAUAACAUAUAUUAUGUAGCAAACCAGAGAGAGAAAGAGCAAUCUUGGAGAGCAAGAAAAUGGCCAAUUUCCACAUAGCCAUGUACCCAUGGUUUGCCUUGGGACACAUGACCGCUUUCCUCCAUUUAGCUAACGAGUUGGCAGCAAGAGGCCACAGAAUCUCUUUCUUGUUGCCCAAGAAACCUCAGUUUCACCUCCACCAUCAAAAUCUCCAUCCUCAACUCAUCACCUUCCCAACAGUAACCGUUCCAACCGUCGAUGGCCUCCCUCCGGGCGCCGAGACUACGUCCGAAAUACCCCUCUCUUCGAACUCUCUGCUCGCCGCCGCCAUGGACCUUUCUCGGGACCAAGUAGAGAACUUUCUACGCUCCACAAAACCCGACUUGGUUAUGUACGAUUUUGCCCAUUGGAUACCAAAUAUCACCAAGCGGCUCGGGAUAAAAUCCGUUUGCUAUUGCACUGCUUCUGCAUCUGCGAUCUCCAUAGCCCUCGUCCCCGCUAAGAAAGUACCCAAAAACAGGCCAAUGACUGAGGAAGAACUUAAUGAGAUACCAGAUGGUUAUCCAUCAUCUACCAUCGUGCUUCGCGGCCAUGAAGUCCUCUCAUUGAUGUUUGUUUCACUACCUUUCGGAGAUGGUAUAACGUUUUACGAAAGGGCUACUACCGCCAUGAAAAACUGCGACGCGAUGUGUAUAAGAACCUGCAGAGAACUCGAAAGCAAGUUCUGCGACUACAUCGGAAACCAGUACGAGAAGCCGGUGUUGUUGACGGGACCGGUUCUUUCUAAGUCGGCUAAGACAUCAUUGGAGGAAUGGUGGGAUAAGUGGCUCGGGGGUUUCGAACCAAGCUCGGUUGUGUAUUGCGCAUUUGGAAGCCAAAUUGUGCUCGAAAAGGAUCAAUUUGAAGAACUUGUAUUGGGAUUUGAGCAAACUGGGUUGCCAUUUUUGGUGGCAUUGAAACCUCCCAAUGGUUGCACGACGAUCGAAGAGGCAUUGCCAGAAGGGUUUGAAGAAAGGCUGAAAGGGAGAGGAGUGGUUUAUGGAGGGUGGGUCCAGCAGACAAUGAUACUGAGUCAUGAAUCGGUUGGGUGCUUUGUGAGCCAUUGUGGGUUUGGAUCGAUGUGGGAGUCUUUGAUGAGUGAUAAGCAGAUUGUUGCGGUUCCACAAUUGGAUGAUCAGAUCUUGAACGCUAGGCUACUUGUUGAAGAGCUGAAAGUAGCUGUAGAAGUGAAGAGGGAAGAAAAUGGGUGGUUUUGGAAAGAGAGCUUGAGCGGAGCUAUAAAGUCAGUGAUGGAUAAAGAUAGUGAGGUUGGCAUUAUGGUGAAGAAGAACCAUGCAAAGUGGAAGGAAGUUUUGACAAAACCUGGUUUUAUGAGUGGCUAUAUCGAUAAGUUCGUUGACGAUCUGAAUAAGCUUGUAAACCAAAAUUAGACGACCUUUUUCUUUUUCUUUUUUUUUUUUUUUUUUUUCUUGGUGGAUUUUUUUUGUAAACCAAAAUUAGAGGAAAUCGGCUUCAGAGGUUUCAAAACUACUUUUAACUCUGUCUCAGAGGGUCCCAUCAGAAUCCGCCAAAUCAAACUCAAUUGCUUUCCCUAAAUUCGAUUCCAUCUUAUCUAUUCCCUUCUCGUAGUCCCCAAUGCGUUGGCAUUCCAAGAAGUUUUAUCUCUAAAGGGGAGGUUUCUUGUUCCACCUUGUGAUCAAGAUUAGAUGGAAAUACCAUGGAUUUUAGAUCGGUUUUAUUUCGUUUUCCAAUUAACAGUUUGCAAUCUUAUCCGGGAAUUAGUUUACCUAGAAGGCUAAAUUUGAUUUCGUUGAUAAUUUGUUUCCGAGACUGCGUUAUCAACUUUCCACCAGGAGUUUUUUCUUCCGUAAAUGAGUUUUGGUCUUUCAUGGAUGUGCAGGAGAUAAAACUACUCUGUCUAGAACUUGUAUUUGUUUGGUAGAGAAAGGCUGGGUUGAAAGGAAAAGAGGGUUCUCAAAAUCUGGACGAAAAUUUCUCCAUCCCAUUAGCUCUAUUAUAUUUAACUUCAAUUUAA